AUGAAAAUGGAUCAGAUUGAAAUUCUUAAAAAAAAUUUAAAUACAGAAAAAGUAUUUUAUAACUUAAAUUGGCAUGAACUUGCUUUAGAUAGAUCUUUUGAUGAUUCACUUAGUAAAAAUUUUGAAAACGAUAAGACUAACGAAGAUCGUUAUUCUUAUACAAGUGAUGAUAAUGCAAAAAAUUAUUACACUAAUGAAGGCGUUACACAGGAUAAGGGUGUACUAGGGAAGACAUACUAUAACAACGAUAAUGUGGGGGGUGAACAACAUGAGAAGAGAAGUAGGCAAAGGAAAAAAAUUCCAGACAAGGGUGGAAGGAAUAGUGGAAGGAAUAGUGGUAGUAAUAGGGAUAAAAAUGGGUGUAAAAAUGGGGACAAAAUUAGCGACAAAAAUAAGGAUAAAAAUAAUAACAGUAAUUAUGAUCUUAAAAAUCUUAUCAAUCUUAAUAAUAAUCAUAAUAGUGGAAGGAUUAAUGACCAUGCGACUGAACACGACUCCAUUCCAAGCACUCCAGUUCUUUCAUAUGAACCACAUCCCUUUUCUGGAAAAAACGGCAUGUGCGAAGUAAAGAAGUGCAAUUUUAUAAAAGAAGUAAAGACAGAACAAUCAAGUAAUAUAAGUUUUAUUCCUCCAGUAGACAUUUUAUAUGAUAACGAAAAGGUUGUAUUUUUAUUUUUUAUAUCAGGAGAUUUGGAAAAUUUUAAAAUUUCCUCAAAUAAUAAUUACCUUACCAUAUCAGGUAAAAAAAUUCCAUAUGAUGUACAGAAAUGUGCUAGCUAUUUUUCUCAUGAAAUAAAGACAGGAUAUUUUCUAAGAACAUACUACUUUAUGAAAUCAAUAGAUAAAGAAAAAAUUCAUUAUGAAUAUAAAAAUGGAGUAAUGAAAAUAUUAGUGUAUAUAUAG